AUGGAUAAAAUGCUGACCGUCGGGAUUCCUGGUUCUCUGUCGGACUCUCACCUCCCUACAACCUCCAAUUCCCAAGAUCCCGUAGUGGUGCUAAAGAUUAUAAAGCGCUACCAUGAGGAGAGCCAGGGCAGCGGGGUAGCAGGAGUAUUGCAUGGCCUAGUGGUGGACGACCGCCUUAAGAUCACCAACUGCUUUCCUUUCCGCCAGCACACAGAGGAUGAUGCCGACUUGGAUGGAGUACAAUACCAAAUGGAGAUGAUGAGGAGUGUCCGUCAUCUGGACAUCCUCCACCUUCACGUCGGCUGCUAGUCCACGUAUUACGGCUCGUUCGUCAGCAGAGCUCUGCUGGAUUCACAGUUCAGCUACCAGCCUGCCGUAGACGAGCCUGCAGUGCUUAUUUACGAUUGCAUCAAGAUGGCACAAGGCUCCCUGUCCCUCAAGGCAUACAGGUUGACACACACACUGAUGGAAAUCUGUAAAGAAAAUGACUACCUGCACUCUGCAGAGGGGCUGAAAAAAGCGAACAUUGGCUUUGAGCACAGGUUUGAGGAAAUGCCCGCUGUUGUCAGAAACCCACCUCUGAUGAAUGCACUGAUGGGGGUCCUGGAUGACAACAGCACCGCGGCCGACAAACCUGAGCCACUCAGUCUGUCUAGUGGUAACCAUCUGGAGAAGAGCCUGCAGCUGCUGAUGGAUCGCAUGGAUGGCAUGAGCCAAGAAAUAGUCAAAUGCAGAACGUGCUGCCGCAACCUCAGCAAGCAGCAGCAGCAGUGACACCAGCUGUAUUAG